AUGACUCCAAGUGUUGCUGCUGUUUUUAACGAUAAAUUCUGGUUCUGUGGAUCGAUGCUUUAUCCUGACAAGUGUUACUUCAUCAACCCAGACCAAAAGGGGGCUAAAACUGUUAUUGAGGCCAAGGGCCGCAUUCUUACUCGCUCAAUAUCUCCGCUUUCUUCUAAUUAUGGCCGACAUUCGUUUGUAUCCAAUAACAAGCUGAAUAUUUUACAGCCUAAUCCUCAAAUUAGGACUGUCGAUUUAAGCACAAUGAAUGAAGAUCCAGAUGAUGACUGGGACUCAUGGAGAUAUGAGGAUCCUCUGUGGGAGUACGAGUUUAGAAAUGAGUCUUUCGUGAAAGAAUAUUUCUCAACAGGCAUGUUCUCUAUGGAGAGUCUGCUCCCUUACGAUACUUUUAUGAAUGAUUUUUAUCCAAUUCCAGACCGAAAAGGAGUUCUCUUUGUUGCAGUCUUUCGAUACCGAGAAUUCGACGAAAAACCGUUUAAACCAGCAGGAUGCAAACAGUGUCCGAUUGUUCCGCGAAAAAAUUGGACAAAAGCCGAGUAUUUUAUCAUCCUCUAUCGAUACGUUUUCGGUCGUUUUAUUCGGCUUUCGAGAAUGGAAACCAAUUUUCGUUAUGAAAGCAAAUUACGAGGAUUUGAUUUGAAAACGCCGAUUUUCAAAGAUGUUUCGGCGCUGGAAUCUGAUGGUGACAUCAUUCUUCUUUCCAAUUCUGAGUCAGAAUACUUCAAGCUUAUUUUCGACGAAGAAACGAAAGAAACUGAACUGGAAGGAUUCGAAAUACCUGGAAUAAAACUUAUUGCUGCUUAA